UUUUUGGUAAACUUAAAAAUGUGCAAUACCAGCGUCGUCCAAAGCUGGGCCCUAUUAUACGGUUUGAAAGCUGGUUUUGGACCUCAAGAUAACUAAAGCAACACAUGUUUUGAAAACGCAUGGAGAACAUGUGUUCCGGAUUGACUGUAUUCAUAACAAACUUUAGCAAAUGCAUAAGCUAAUCAGCAUCCGAACGGGCCCAAGCUAAAAACGGCCAAAGACAAACUUCCCCCAAACCACCGGGCUGGGAGUCUGGACUCUGGGACCCACGCCAGAAACCCCCUAUAAACACCAGAACAGAACGGUCACUGCCUUCCGCGCCCGCCGCCCAAAUUCACUCGAACCACUCUCUUUCCUGCAGCACUGCCAUCGCCGGGAAGCGGCAAGCACCAAAUCUCGAGGCUAACGCAAUGGUGGACGUGGACCGCCGGCCGGCUCUCCCGCACGGGCUCCCUCGCCCACCCUCCCACGCCGCUGGCCUCCGCCGCCUCUCCACCCGCGCAUCUCUCCCCACCACCCCGCGCGCCGCGGCAUCAUCCCCGUCCCCAUCCACCGCAGGCGCAGCGGGCCCCGCACCCACCCCCUCCGCCGUCCUCGCCCACCUCGCGGCCGCCGGCGUCCCCGUCCUCCCGGGCCUCUCCGAACCCGAGCUCGCCGUGGCCGAGGCCGCGCUCGGCGGCAUCCAGCUCCCGCCCGAGCUCCGCGCGCUCCUCGCGCUCGGCGUGCCCUCGGGCCACGGCUUCCCGGACUACCGCUCCCACGCGGGCCUCCGCCUCCUCCGCUUCUCCGCGCAGGAAAUCCCCGCCGCAGUCGCCGCGACGCUGCCCCUCCUCCCGGGCCACCGCCGGGCCGGGGGACGCGCACCGCCGCCUCUCGUCCCGCUGCACGGCCGGCACUACCUGCCCGCGACGCCCUGCCUCGCGGGGAACCCGGUGUUCCGCGUCGCCGACUCCGGCGUGACCUUCGCGGGCGCCAACAUGGCGGACUUCCUACUCCGCGCCUUCGCCACCGCCGAGCCGCGCGCGCCCCAGUCCGGCGCGACCCUCCGGCGGCAGCUCUCCGCCCCGGCCCCGCCGCCGGCGCCGUCUCCCGCGCCGCCGUCGCCGUCCACCGCCCGCCGGAGCCUCGACUCCGUGACCGGCAGGGCCCCUCGCUGGAUCGAGUUCUGGUCGGACUCCGCCGCCGCGGGGGAUCGGUUCCUUGAAGUCUGUACUGCAGACGCGACGAAGAAGAUUACCACGGCGGCGUCGCGCCACGUGCCUUCUUCUUCCUGUUGGCUGCGCUCGUACCUGGAGUGGGCGGGUUCCGCGCUGAGGCGCGGCGGGUGGGCCGACGACGAGGCGGACGAGAUCACGGUGGGAGCUGCUGGAGGCGAGGCGAUGGCGUUGGCGUUGAAGGUUGACUGGUGCUGCGGGGAGCUGAGGAGGGGAGGGUGGGGAGCGGAGGAGGUGGUGGAGAUGCUCGAGUCGUUGCUCGGGCCGAGGAGGAGGACGAGGCGUGCCGUGGUGGCGCUGCCGCCGGACGUCGCGGCACGGGUGGGGCGGCUAGCCGAGGCCGUUUCGCUGGCCGUUGGCGUGGGCAUUGGGUCGGGUGCCGGUGAUCAGAAGAAUCCCGUGAGGCGAUUUUGAAAAACGUGAACCCCUUGUUUUUUUUACUACUAGGAGUAAGUACCAGUAGCUUUGGCUAUGUCUCUGUGUACUAUCCGAGAGUAAGUGCGUAUACGGGAGUACUCCACUUUGUACGGAGGAGCAUAGUUAUGCGUAUGAUGGGAAUGGGAUUUCCCAUCAUUCCUGUGUUAAUACAUCUACGGCUACGUGCACAAUAAUUUUGGGCGGCAGAGAAGUACUAGUACUACGAGCGUACAGCUACUGUUCGUCCUUACAAAAACUUGCUUCCGGUCA